AUGGCUGCACAUACCCCUCUGCCCCCCAGCCUCCGCUGGGGUUUGGCGGCAUUCAGCAGCUCCCUCUUCAUCAACAGCAAGACGCAGGACAGCGGUGCUGCCCACACCUACCACCCAGCCCACGAGGUGCUGGCCAGCCUGCCCCUCCAGAUGAUCCUCUACUUCAACAUCUACUACUUCCCGGUCUGGUGCCUGGCUGAGGGGAUGAUGCUGCAGCUGAAGUACCACCUGCUGCCUCAGCACUACCAGUUCCUGCUGGUCACUGCUUUCCUCAUCCUCUCACUGGCUGAAGGCUCCCGCCUCUACCUGGGCUAUGUAGGGAACCUGCAGGAGAAGCCACUGGAGAUGGCUGUGCACAGCAUUUUCCUGGCCUUCCUCGUCACUGAGAUCGUGGCUUCCUUCCUUGCACUGAAGACCAUGACCAAGCAGCUGGCAGCACAGUUCUACCUGCAACAGUUCAAAGAGGGCAGCAGGGGACGGCUGGGGCAGGGGGGCACAGGCAGCUGA